AUGAGAAUAUUUUCCUUAAUUUUUGCUGGCCUCAUUCUUGUUGCUCAAAUUUUCCCAGGUAAGAGGAAACAUUUCGUAGAAGAAAACUGUGCAAAACUGAACGGUCGCUGUGAAGCAGAAUGCCUUUCCUUUGAAGUAAAGAUUGGGGGCUGUAGAGCUGAAUUAACACCGCUUUGCUGCAAAAAGAAACAGAAACAUUAA